GGGCCUUGAAGCUGCAUCCUUGCCUUGGCAGCGCUUCUCAAUGGUACAGUGGCACCAAGUUGCCGUCGUACUCGGAAAGUCAAGGCUUCAUCCUCAUUUAUCCCCAAACAACAAAGUACUCUAAUUGCUGGGAUGUCAACAAUGCCGGAUCUCUUACCCAUGGGGGCAAUGGGGAUGCCCUCGGCAUCAUCAGCAUGGUCAACUACACACUCACCAAGUACAACGGCGACAAGGCAAAGGUCUACGUCAUGGGCGGCUCUUCUGGUGCAAUGAUGACCAACGGUACGCAAUGUCGGGGUACAAAGUGGGUGUUCAUGCUGGCGGUUGUCUAA